GCUCGGUGGACGGCGGCCGCGGGGGUCGGGCCCUGCCGGGCUGGCGGAGGCUCCGUGCGGCAGCGGCCGGAGGCUCCGUGCGGCAGCGGCCGGAGGCUCCGUGCGGCAGCGGCCGGAGGCUCCGUGCGGCAGCGGCCGGAGGCUCCGUGCGGCAGCGGCCGGAGGCUCCGUGCGGCAGCGGCCGGAGGCUCCGUGCGGCAGCGGCCGGAGGCUCCGUGCGGCAGCGGCCGGAGGCUCCGUGCGGCAGCGGCCGGAGGCUCCGUGCGGCAGCGGCCGGAGGCUCCGUGCGGCAGCGGCCGGAGGCUCCGUGCGGCAGCGGCCGGCUGCGAAAUAAGGCUUAAACAAUUCUGUCUGCAUGGUAGUUCUCCUUCAUCCUCUUCAUCUUUGAAAUCAGUGGCUGAUAGAAAACCAGUUAUCGUACAGGAAAACCUCUUGGAUUAAGGGCUUUAAAACAGAGGAAAUAAGACUUCGUUGUGCAAAAAUGAGUUACAGUAAUGGAACAACUGCAGGAUCCAGCUAUGCAAGAAGAUGCAAAUGUUAAAGCUAUUAAUGAAGAGUACAGGAAAGCCUUUAUUUUUAUCAAUAAAGGACUGAAUACAGAUGAACUGGGUCAGAAGGAAGAGGCAAGAAGUUAUUAUAAGCAAGGGCUUGACCACUUGCUCCGAGGAGUCAGCAUUCCAUCGCAGGGUCCUGCAUGUGUAGGGUCCCAGUGGGAGUCUGCCAGGCAAAUGCAACAGAAGAUGAGGGAGACCCUCCAAAACGUUCACGCUCGCCUCGGCAUUCUGGAACAAACCACUCCAGCUGUACAAGCGGGUCCUGCUGCGAUGGAUGCCCCUGCUGGGGUGCCCAGGCUGUACCCAUCCAUUCCGUCCAAAGAAAAGCCGGAAAGACCCCCAGCCCCUAAUUCUCUGUUUGUACCACGUCAGCCACCUGCAGCAGAUGGAAGUGUUGCAGCUGUGAGCCAGGGGCAAACUCCAGCUCUGAGUCCGUCAUCUGCAAAACCUCUUUGUCUGCCAAAUGAAGCACCUCCUGCCUACACUCCUCAAGCUACCAAUGGCCAUUUUACUGUGUCUUAUGGCACAGACUCUGGGGAGUUUUCCUCUGUAGGUGAGGACUACUACAGUAAGCGUACUCAGCCACCUCCCCUUGAAAACCUGGGGGUGGAUGCAGAUGAGCUGAUCUUGAUUCCCCAAGGAGUACAGAUUUUCUUUGUGACUCCUGAUGGGCAGGUUAGCGCUCCUUCAUAUCCUGGAUACCUACGCAUUGUGAAGUUCAUGGAUACGGAUAGCGAGACGGCGCAGACUCGUCCACCUGCAUUUCUUCAGGUCUGUGACUGGUUGUAUCCUCUAAUGUGUAACCAGUCUCCAGUUCUGUGCUGCAAUACUGGAGUCUACAUGUUCCCUGACACGAUGUCCCAGAUACCUGGGUCCUACGUGGGAGUAGUGCUGUCUUCAGAACUUCCAGCAGCUGACAGAGAGCUGUUUGAGGAUCUCUUAAAACAGAUGUCUGACCUUCGAAUCCAGGUGCCAGGAUCCCAUGAGAGAGUAGGGUUAUCUUCAGAGCUCCCAGCAACUGAGAGAGCACAUUUUGAAGAUAAAUUUAAACAGAUGUCUGGCCACAAAGUCCAGCCUUCAGAAGCCUCUAGUGAUACAGCUAACUUGCCUCAGACUGUACGUAUCCAACCACGACCCGAAGGAGCAGAAAAUCAGAAAGAGUUGCCAGAAUGGAGUGAGAAAGUUGCCCAUGGAAUCUUGUCAGGUGCAUCUUGGGUAAGCUGGGGCCUAGUAAAAGGAGCAGAAUAUACUGGUAAAGCUAUCCACAAAGGAGCUGCUAAACUGCGAGAACACAUUCAACCAGAAGAAAAACCUCUAGAAGUCAACCCAACUGUAGCAAAGGGACUUCAUGUAGCAAAACAAGCUACCGGAGGAGCUGUGAAAGUCAGCCAGUUCUUAGUUGAGGGAGUGUGUUCUAUAGCCAGCUGUGUCGGAAAGGAGCUGGCUCCACAUGUGAAGAAGCAUGGCAGCAAAUUAGUUCCAGAAUCCUUUAAGAAAGAUAAAGAUGGCAAAUCCACUUUUGAUGGUGCACUGGUGGUAGCAGCAAGUGGAAUUCAAGGGUUUUCAACAGUGUGGCAAGGUUUAGAAAGUGCAGCGAAGUGCAUUGCUAAAAGUGUUUCAACUGAGACUGUAAAAACUGUCAAAUACAAGUAUGGAGAUGAUGCUGGCCAUGCUACAGACAACGCUGUGAAUUCUGCAAUCAAUGUUGGUGUGACAGCAUUCAACAUUGACAAUAUUGGUAUCAAAGCUGUUGUAAAGAGAACUGCAAAGGAAACCGGCCAUGCUGUGUUAGAUGAAUAUAAAGUACUGGAUAGUGAGAAGGAUAAAAAAUUACAGCAAUGAAGCAUUUCUUAAAGCCUUACAUCAGAGAUGAAACUUCCUAAUUAGAAGUAACUACAUUGCUAAUCUGCAAUUUAACACAAAUCACAGUAUACUUUUCAAGCAACUGUUACUUAAUUUGACAUGAAAAUGUAGAAAUAGGGAGGGCAUUUGUAGAAGGAAAAAUGAAAGUUGUCUUAACUCCUUGUUGUGUAUUGAACAAGGGUUUUAAACAACUGGAUCAGGGAUUUAGACAACUGGAAGGAUAUGAGUUUGCAGUUUAGAAACUUGCCUCUGUAAGCACUUUUUCAAAACAUUAUAUGGAAUAAUACACUAAUAUAGAAAUAUACUAUUGUGAAUAUUUUUGUAAUACUUUGUAAAGAAGGUGGUGAUACAGAAUAAGUGGGAUUACUAAUUCUGGAACAAGUAGGAUUACUAGUUUUGUUUUUUAACUAUCCUUAAGACUUAGUUUUACUAAAACAGCCUUGUCUUAUUUAAUAUGCACUAUUAAAACAAGCUUUGUGUUUCCUUGUUUUGAAGAGAAUUUCCCUUUUCAGCUACCAAACAGCUAAUCUUAUCCAGAGUUCAUGUCAGAAGAAAUGAAAGAUGAACCUCAGAUAACUAGGUAAUUAUUCCCUUCAAAACUUAUUCUUUUUUUCCAUCCAGCAUAUAAGCAAACCAAAGAUAGCAAGGAUUUCCUCUAAAAGAGGGUAUUUACAAGUCUAGUCUCUAGUUGACUCCAUAAGGAAUACACAAAGAUUCUUUGAAAUUGAGAUUCUUUUUAUGUAGAGAGGAUAAGUAUGUUUUUGCAUAAAUUAUUUUUCUGUGAAAAGAUUCUGUAGAGGACACUAGGAACUUCUAUGCAUUCUGUAUGUUUUAGCCAAUCCAGAAAGAUUCAGAGUAUAUAUCAUGGCCUCCUAAUGGAAGACAUAAUAUAUUUGUUUCAACAAGUAGUUCCAACAGUCAGUAUCUUUAUUCCAUUAAAUUCAUAGUUGCACAAGGUAGGUCUUUAAAGGGUAUGAAGACAAUCCCUUUUAAUGAAGAGGUGUGUGUGGAAUAGGAUAGACACUACUGUGUAGGUCUUUCAUCCUCUUCCUAGUGCAGUGUGAAAUAACUCCGUAUGUAGAACUCUUGAGAUGCUUUUAUACUGCUACUGCUUUAACUGUUCAUGAUUGAGUUUUAAAGCUGCUACACAUUCUGAUAUUGGCUGGACCCGCCCCAACCAGAACACCAUCAAUUUACAACUUAUCUCUGUUUCAUGUAAAAGGAGAAAAUAACUAUAAAUGGUUGUUAGCAAAUGGUAUUUGCAUCAGACUGAAAAAAUACAGUAACAUCUAAUGUCUGUUAAAAUGGUAAUAGAUGCACAUUUUGUGGUAGCUACUGUAGGUGUGUAUUAGGGGGAGAAAUGUGAAAUAAAGGAUCUAACCACUUGAGGUGUACCUUUGAUUUAUGGAAAUAAAGAUGAAAUUAAAAUUGA